CAGGGUGCGGCUGGACGCUAUGUUUGGAACGCGAUCGUGUGUGUGGGUUGGAGUUGCUUGGCAACCAUGACCAUGAUACGGUGUUGGUGUGGUGGUAAAUUGGAUGCAUCACGUACGCGGACUUUGCCAUGGUCACUGUCGCAGGGCGAACGAAGUCAAGCUUUGGGCUUUGCGUUCCUCUGUUUGAUGAGCCGGGCGGGCUGGCGGACCGGAAUGCAGUGAAGGCAGCCCCUUGCAGUGGUGGUGCAGGCGCAGAGGUGACGGGAGCGGUUUGGAGGCGACUCUACUUGAAACUGGGCCCGUUGGUGGUGAAGCGUGGUACGGCGUGCACGAUGGGAAUAGAUACGAGCGCCACAUCUGGGAGAGAUGUCCUGGGCGCACGAUGCAAGGUACCCCAGGUCUUUGGCGGUGGGUCUGUGCGCUCGACGAGGAAAUCUCAAUUUAGCGAACGAUUCAAGGGUCUGCGAUCGGCGAGAGGAAAUGAAAUGAGGUCGAUGGCGAGCGCAGGUCAGCGAUGCAGGGUCCUGUGUUUGUCAACAAGUGACUGCCACGAUCGAGACAACGCCGUGGUUCUGAGACGCCAGCAGUGUGUGUUUGGUGGGGGUUGUGCACUUUCCCCUGCAGUAGCCCCAGGCGGGCGACAUGUCACGUCGGGCAUAAAGACGACGACGGCACACUGCGUGCAUGCAUGGCGGAUGCGAGUCGCAGAGUGUGCACGGGCAGGCACGGCGGGCGGCGGAUGACGAAUAGGGACGUGUGUCGACGUUGGGCGGUGGAUGGUGAUUUGGGUGUGGGGUACUGGCGGCGAGUGAAACCUGAUUGUGCAGGCUG